GUGACAGAGAUGGUUGUACGGUACGCUACUCGUACCUCGUAGUACAGUAAUACCAUAAUCGUCAUACCGGCAGGAUGGUUGAAUAAUUACGACUGUACUUCGGAAAUCGAUUUGCUGAAGCAGUGUGAGGCUACAUCCUUUUCCACGAACACUUUCAAAUACAGCUACUCGUACUUGCUCUGUUCGGACGGCGUUAUCAAUUUGUAUUGCGUGAAACAUGAGAUCGACAUCGAGAAUAUUCUACAUCACCGUUGCUGUUAUUUGCUUAGUCACUACAACGGUUGAUGGAUUUGCUGCUCUUCGACCGGGCGUUACGUCGACGACAAAAAUAACAAGCCAGUUGAAAUCUGAAUCUUCGACCACGGCUAACAAUCUAGCGAUUGUCAGACAAACACAACUUUUUGCUGGAUCGAACGCCGGAGUCGUUCCCGGCAUUGGCGAGGAAGGAUGCAAUUUGCCAUCGGUCUCGGGAAUCAACACAAAGGACGAUCUCACGCAAGCCUUUGUCGUGAAGGUGGUCUUUCUUUCUCUGGCAUUGGGAACCUUUUUGUUUUCUUCGGGGCUUGAGCAAUGUUCGGGGUUCCUCGAUAGCAACUUUCCGUCGCAGUACGAAUUUUUCCGCAACACAUGGCCUAUAAGCUUUGGAUUGAUCUUUUCGCUUGCUGGAGUCACGCACUUCACGCUGAAGGAAGAAUAUGAAAACAUUUAUCCAACCAGGGGAGCUUGGGGCGUCUGGUACCUACCAGGUUCAAGGGCCUUCCACGUCGCCUGGACGGGUGCCGCUGAGCUGGCAGGGGGUCUCGGACUCUUGGCAGCCGGGGUCUCUUCUUUCGCCGGAAAUCCGAAUCUGGCCCCCCUGACGAGCGCUGGAUUGGAAUCCGAUUCUGCCGCGGCACUUUUCCUCCUAGUCCUUGCGGUAACGCCUGCUAAUAUUUUCAUGUUCACGCACGGUGCCAAACUUCCGAUGGACUCCGAACCCCUCCCCGUUUCCUUUCAUGGAGUCCGAUGGAUCAUGCAGGUCGUUCUAUUGGGAUUCUUGUAUCAAAUGGGCCAAGAAACAUUUCAGGCUCUGUUGUCGUAGAGCAGAGGAAAAGAGAGCCUCUCAUAUGAGUUUCGCAACAAUUAUGCAAUGCCCACUUUCCCUGCUUUGGUUUAGAAAUGGCCCUCGACCACUUGAUCAUGAUGUCAACCAAUGUUGGACGGGACUUUGGCACAUGAUGGUUCUGUCGAUGCGUCAUCUCCUGAUAGUAAACAAUGACUAGUGAA